AUGAGUGAAACGCCAUCAACUAAUUAUUCAAUGCUUCAGCCAAACUCCUCUGAGAGUGAACAGACUUUGUCUACACGUCACUUCAAUGUCACCGAACCUGUUGUGGCCAAACGAAUCUGUUUCUAUAAAAGUGGAGACCCUCAGUUUAAUGGGAUCAAAAUGGUCAUUAAUAAUAGAUCUUUCAAAACAUUUGAUGCCUUGCUGGAUAACUUGUCCAAAAGAGUCCCAAUACCAUUUGGGGUAAGGAAUAUUAGUACACCACGCGGGAUACACAGUAUCACCAAUCUGGAGGACCUUGAAGAUGGAAAGUCUUAUAUUUGUUCCCAUCAGAAGAAAAUUAAGCCCAUUAAUUUGGAGCGGGCCAGUAAGAAGCCAUUACCCUGGCAGAUCAGCAGGCCAGUUAGUGCUCACAGAGCUGUCAAAAUAAGAACCCCUAAAAAGCUCCUUGUUUUCAAAAAUGGUGACAUAAGAAUCAGGUGCACUAUAGUUCUGAGUAAGAAGAACAUGCAAAACUUUGAGACCUUUCUGGAUUCCAUAAGUGAGUUAAUGCAGUAUCCAGUUGUGAAGUUAUACACUACGGAUGGCAGAAAGGUUCCUAACCUUCAGUCUCUGAUCUUGUGUUCUGGGGCUAUUGUGGCAGCUGGGAGAGAGCCUUUUAAACCAGGGAAUUAUGAUCCUCACAGGUAUUCACUACCUGCUAAGUUGCCGGGACUCUCCAAUCGUGUGUACCCCAAAGCAAAUGCCAAAUCAGAGAGCAGAAAUACUGGCAAAUGGAAGGUGUCUGUCCUCACCAGUGAUAUACCAUCUGCAGGAACCAGCUCACAGGUUUAUAUUACAUUGUAUGGGUAUUACAGUAAUUCAGGGCCUAUCUUUCUGUAUGGAGAAGAAGGGGAACUGUUUCAGAGGGGCAAUGAAGACAUCUUCACUAUUGACAUUGGAGACGUAGGAGAGCUCUAUAAAAUACGCAUAGGACACAAUAACUCUGGAGAAUCCCCCUCUUGGCACUGUGAAGAGGUGCAAUUGCAGAACCUUUACACAGGAGAACAGUUUUCUCUCCCUGCCCACCGAUGGCUGGCGCAGGACCAGGAUGAUGGCGAAAUCUGUCAGGAGCUUCCUGUUUUGCGACGGGGCCAGCCUGUUCUUCCAGUGACUGUAUAUGAGGUGCAUGUCACAACAGGAGAGCUGUGGAAUGCCGGAACAGAAGCUGAUGUCUAUAUUUCCAUCCAUGGGGAAGAAGGCGAUACAGGCUCCAGACAGCUAUUUAGGUCAAAGAAUCCUAGGAAAUUUCUAAAAGGACAAACUGACCUCUUCCUACUUGAAGCUGUGCACCUUGGAAAUUUGUACAAGAUUGUUAUAGGACACAAUGGACUUGGAUCAGGAAAUGGAUGGUUUCUGGAGAAGAUUGUAGUCAGGGAUCCUAUCACAGACCUGGAUUAUUCUUUUCCUUGUCACAGGUGGCUAGAUCAAGGGGAAGAGGAUGGUAAAAUUGUAAGAGAACUAAAUGUCACUGACACUACCACCUUCUCUGCAAGGCAAGAGCUGGAACUCAAGAGAGAGGAAAACUGGGCUGCUGAAAGAUGGAAGUUUCAGAAAGGCAACACUCUUCAGUUCUACAACAGGCUCACCCGUGGUUUCAUACGCCUCAGUCCAGAUGGCACAGUUGAUGCACUUGGUGACAAGAAGGACAAAUAUGGUCUUUUUGACGUGACUGUCAAAAGAAACGCACAUGUGUUUAAGAGUCAUCAGAUGCCACAUAUUGCCCUUGCUCUUGACAAUGGCUAUGUCACUGGAAUGGACAAUGAAGAUACUCUCUGUGAGUUACAAGUUCAUGUUCAGCCAAAUCGCUGUGCAAUUCUGGAAUCAGCCCGGAGUCCAGGGCACAUGAUUACAUUCAGUCUUCAAGGCAAAGUAGUCAAUGAUACAGUAGGCUAUGCAGGACUCUCGAAAGAAUUUGCUGUGCAUGUGAAGGGUGUGUUCCACAAUGGUGCCAUAAUUCUGCUCACCACAAGUCUCUACCAGGCUCUCUGCCUCAGGCCUGAUGGGAGCUGCAGUGGAGCAGGAAAGCAAUCUGAAGAAUCCUAUUGGAAAGUGCAUAAAAUCAGCUCUGGAGUUUGCAUGAUUGAAAGUCUGAAAAACCAAAGAAUGUAUCUGAGGAUCAAGGAUGGCAAGUGUAAUGGAACAGGGACGGGUGAUGUAUACUGUCACUUUAAAAUUGAGAAGAACUUAGAAAGUGGAUCUGUGAGUCUAGAAUCUGUGCAAAACAGAGGGAUGUAUGUUGGUCUCCAACCAGAUGGCCAGACCAAGCCAGUUGUUAACACUGGAGAGAGAAACAUUUUGUUCUACCCACGAGUCAUCAAAUUUGGCAGGGAAAAGCCUAUGGGAACAUCUGCGACACCCAGCCAACCAAAGGGAGAGAUCAGAGAAUCUGAACAACAACCGGCAAAAGCCCAGAAGCCAGUGGCUCAGAGCCCAUCAGCUUCUUCACCCGCAAAGGAAAUGAAAAAUACCCAAGGUACCAAGUAUCCCCUUCCUUCAGAUGAUGAAUGGAAAGUGUCAGUGCUGACAGGAAAUGGAGGAACUCAAGCAAAUGUCACACUCUGGAUAUAUGGAGACAAAGGAGUAGCUGGACCAAUAACUCUUGGCAAGGACAACAGGGAACAACUCUUUCUUCCCAGGCAGGAGGAUGAAUUUCAGGUUGAAAUAAAGUAUAUUGGAGAAUUCUAUAAGAUAAGAAUAGGACACGAUGGAACAAGUGAACACCCAGAAUGGAAGUUAGAAAAGGUGACACUGCACCAUGUAAAGAGCAGGAGGACUCUGCAUUUUCCAGCAAACAAGUGGUUGUCAAGAAGCCGUGGAGCUGGAGAUAUUAUAUGUGAACUCCCAGUAGAAGAAGCAGGAAAACCCAUUUAUCCAAUUCUGAGAUACCACAUUUAUGUUUACACUGGCCAUUUGGAGCAAGCUGAAACAGACUCUCCGAUCUACCUAUGUAUCUAUGGAAAGAGAGGAGACUCUGGUCUAAGACUUCUGCAUAAAUCUGAUAUGCCAGUGAAAUUUCAGAGAGGAAUGGUGGAUAUGUUUGAAAUGGAAGCUGUAUCUCUUGGAAAACUGCAGAAGGUGCUAUUGCACUGCGAGGCCAGUAACAAGGCGCAGUACUGGUACUGUGAGAAAGUAAUCAUCAGAAAAGCUGGGAAGGACGCUGAAUAUAUUUUCAACUGUGAGAGGUGGCUUCCAUUUAUGUCCCAGGGAAUAAUUCACUCAGAAAUCGAGCUCUACCCUGAAGAACUGCAAAUAAAUCAUCAGCUGAAAAUGCAAGAUGAAGCAAAUGAAGGAGACUGGAAGAUUACUGUAGUCACUGGGGGCUUCCAAACAGCUGGCACAACAGCAACAGUGUCCCUUUACGCUUAUGGAGAAAACAAGUCUUCUGGUCCUAUUAUUCUGGGAUCUGGGAAGCACCAGCUGUUUAAUCCCAACAGCGCAGAUACAUUCAAGAUUAAUCUCAAAGGUCUUGGGCAACUGUAUAAAAUCCGCAUUGGUCAUGACAACAGUGGAAAUGGCCCCAGCUGGUACCUAGAGGAGGUGAGACUUGAAAGAAUGGCCCCUACCUCUGACGGGGAGAUUUGUCUGGCUGUAGACUGCUGGCUAGCUGAAGAUCAGGAUGAUGGAGACACCUGGACAGAAGUAGCAAUUGGGAUGUCUGAAAAGGAGCUUUUGUCAAUGGUGAUUUAUGAACUCCAUGUAUAUACUGGGUCUAAACUUGGUGCUGAAACAGAUUCUAAUGUAUAUGCCACCCUCAUUGGAACGAGAGGAGAUUCUGGCAAGAGAAAGCUGCAUAGAGCUAAGAAUAAUAAAGUCAAGUUUCAGCGUGGACAGGUGGAUAUCUUCUUCAUAAAGGCUGUAUCACUAAGAGACCUGAAGAAACUUGUGAUUAGCCAUGAUAGAACUGGUCCAGGCAAUGGAUGGUUCCUUGAUAAGGUGGUUGUCAAAUUUAAAGAGGAAGAUGAUGAUCAAGAAGCUGUGUUUCCCUGUAACAGAUGGUUAGAUGAGUACCAGGAUGAUGGGAAGACCGAGCGAGAGCUAAUUGCUAAAAAAAAUGGUAAUUCACAGAAGGCAUCCACCAAAGCACGACAAUGGAGAGUGCAGGUUAAAACUGCCAGAGAUUCCCCAGAGCCACAGAAGUGUAAAAGAACCCUUGUGAUUUAUGGCUCAAAGGGCAAAAGUGGUGACCUUCUCCUUUCUCCACAAAACCCAGAAUAUGUGUGCUUUCUACCCAGAGCAAUGGAUGAAUUCCUUGUUGAAACUGGAGAUGUGGGGGAUGUGUACAAGAUUCGGGUCAGCUGUGAUGAUUUGCCAGGCUUUGAGGGCUGGCAUCUGAAGUCCUUUCACAUGCAAGAGCUACAUACUAAACAAGAAGUGAACUUUGACUGUAACUGCUGGCUCUCUGUUAACAGAGAAGACAGAGAGCUGGUGAAAGAAUUCCCUGCAGUGAAUGAGAACCAGAAACCUUUACCAGUCCACAAGUAUAUUGUCUCUAUACACACUGGUGACCACUGGGGAGCAGAAACCUUUGCAAAUGUUUAUAUCACUCUGUAUGGCGAAAGAGGGGACACAGGUGUGAGGAAACUGCACGAAUCAUUGGUAAAAGGAGGAAAAUUUCAAAGGAACAAGGUGGAUUCAUUUUUAAUAGAGGCAGUUUCUCUGAGCCAUUUGCAAAAGGUAGUUGUAGGACAUGAUGGAGAAGGAUAUGGGGCUGGAAUGUACCUCAAGAUGAUAACAAUCAAGGAAUCAGAGGACUCAGAUAAAGAGUGGAUCUUUCCAUGUUGGAACUGGCUUGAUACUCAUCUAGGAAUAUGUGAGACUGUUUAUGAGAUUAUAACAAUAGGUAAAAGAUUGAUUUCUAGUCCUCAACUGCCUCAAAUCAGCAUGCAGUCCUCAGGUCUGUGGAUAAUGGACAUCAUUGGAUCUGACGUCAACACUGAAAUGGAUCCAAUACACCUUUCUUUCAUCUUUUAUGGAGACCUGAAUCACAAAGAGUUGGCACUUCAAAUUACAGGAAAAGCAACUCAAAUCAAAGAUGAACUGGCAGACAUUGGCUCAAUAUACAAGAUUCAGAUAAUUGGCCCACACAGCAAGUUAAAUCAGCCUUGGCACUUAGACUUACUGCAUAUGAAGCACACAGGCACGAACCAGGAGAUGUGGUUAGCUUUCAACUGCUCGUUCAAAUGUAAUGAAGACAAAUGUGUGGAACUGCCAGCUCUCUACGCAGACCAGGAUCCUUUGCCUGUUGUGGAAUAUUCCAUUCAUGUGCACACUGGAGACAUAAAGAAAGCAGAUACCAGUGGAGAGGCUUAUCUUUGUAUUCAAGGAGCGAGAGGUGACUCUGGGAAAAGAUGGCUUAAUAAUUCAAGAAGUGGACCCAUCACUUUUGCCAGAGGCCAGGUGGAUGUUUUCAGAAUCAAAGCAGUUCACCUUGGCAAGCUGAACCAAGUUCUUGUUGGAUUUAAAAGUUUAAAAAAAGAUGACUGGUUCUUGGAAAAAAUUGUUAUAAAAGAAGAAAGUUACCCUUUUGCCACUCACAUCUUUGCUCACCAUGACUGGAUCAGCAAACACUCAAAGAAAGAUUUUACAGAACUAGUAAUUCCAUUGAAAGAAAUGACUGUGACAUCUGAUCCAGUAAAAUACUUUGAUACUAAAAGCAGAGGACGAUGGCAAAUGUGGGUGUACUGUACACACAUACCAGAAAAAGUUCCUGAUAUUCAAGUUGUUGUGUUUGGAACAAAAGGGAAAUCUGCUGCACAGAAGGUUCAGAAUCUGAAAAAUGACCCUUUUUUGAAAGGAAAAGAAAGUGAUCCAGGAAACUACAGGCCCAUUAGUUUGACCUCAAUAGUAUGCAAGAACUUGGAACAAAUUUUGAAAGAGAAAGUAAUUGAGGACAAAGAGUUGACUGUUGAUGAUAUUGGUGAUGUAACAAAAGUUUCUUUCGUGUUAUCUGGCCCACGUUUAGGAAGAGGAAUUAAACUUCACAAGCUUCGUCUGAAAGACCUGGACACUAAGCAAGAACUGGGCUUUUACAGUGCAGACCAGUGGCUCUUUAAAGAAGAUGGGUCAGAGACCGUGACAGAGCUAGCAGCAGUCAGACCAGAUAAGGCACCGCUCAGGGAAGUUCUUUACUCAGUCAGUGUUCACACAGGAACAUUACCUGCAUCAGGAACUGAUUCAGAUGUCUUUAUUACAAUAUUUGGAGUGAAUGGAGACUCCUGCAAAAGAAAACUUAGGCAUUCUAGGUCACAUGCAAGUUUUGAAAGAGGUCAGGUUAAUAGCUUCAGUGUGGGAGCUGUAGACCUCGGAAUGUUAAUCAAAGUGCUAGUUGAACACAAUAAUAUGGGUUAUGGAGCUGGAUGGUGCCUGGACCGAAUCAACAUCCAAGAAUCAGGCAAGAGCGACUGCCAAUAUGUAUUCUCAUGCCAGCAAUGGUUAGACAGCGGAGUUGGUGACGGACGGAUGGAACGAGAGUUGAGACUUCUUGGAAAAGUGAGAAAUGAGAGAUUGGCAGGAAAUAUUCAGGGGACUUGGGAUGUCAUUGUUACAACCAGUGAUGCUUCAAGCAUGAGCCCUAAAAUGUCUUUAACUAUUUGUGGUGAAAAAGGUACAAGUAUUCCAGUCUUAUUUCCCAAAGGAUCCCUUAAAAAGGCUGAGAUUUAUCAGACGUCAGUGGAACUAGAUAAGAAAUUCACCUCUAUAUGCAAAGUUCGCUUGGAAAUAGAAGAUGCCAGAAAUGGAGAGAUCUGGCAUUGUCGUGAGGUGAAACUUCAACACAGAAAAACUAAAGAAAUUCUAGAAUUUCCAUUUCUUCGGAACUUUGCAGAUGCUGAGGGAUGCACAGUGGCUGAACUUCCAGUUCUCACAGCUGGUUUUCAUUUUUCAACAGGGGUCUUAUUGUCUCCUGCUAUCAGUAGAGUGGUUACUUCUGGUUUUGUCUUUGGGCCAGAUCCUCAGCCCUUACCAAAUGCCUUUUGCAUUGUUCUAGUGAUACAAAAAAGAGCACUUAAAGCUACAUUAACCAAGACAGCCAAAGAUUCCUCAGUUGAAGGGGAACGAGGGGGAGUUGGCUAG